AUGAGAUUUCUUCCCUUUGCCCUGGCCGCCGCCGCAUUGCUUGCCUCCACAGAAGCUGCCGAUGAGGCCUCUCGCAGUAUGACGAGCCGCUUAAUGGUUCAUAUCCCACACAGCCUUUUCCGAGGCCAAGGAUAUGACCACAGAGAAGCCCUCUUUGGAACCCCGCCUCAUGGGGGAUCCAUUGCCCAACCGAUGUACUAUGCAGCUUCGGACGCUUGUGACACGCUCGAUCCUAAGAGGGGUUACAAAGCACGCGCUCAGUAUAACACACCCUGGCAGUCUCCCUUUAUUCUUAUGGUUCGAAACGCGCAGCGAGCUGGAGCCGCCGGUGUGAUUAUUGCCGACAAUGUCUGCCUUUGUACCGAUCCUGAAUGCAAGAACCAACAAGGUACUACUUGUGAGGCUUCAGUGCCGAUCAUGGCGGACGACGGCUCUGGAUCUGAUGUUUCCAUUCCAUCCUUCCUCAUUUUCAAGAAAGACGCGGAUCUCAUCAAGGCAGAAUUGCAGAAAAAUAAUCCCGUCCAACUUGAAAUGUCGUGGUCUCUUCCCAACCCUAAUGACCGCGUCGAGUAUGAUCUUUGGACUGUUCCAACGGAUUCAAUCAGCAAGACUUUUAUGCAAAAUUUCAGACCCCUGGCCAAUGCUUUGGGAUCUCACGCUCAGUUUACUCCACACAUGGAAUCUCUGGGGCCGAGCGAUGUGGUCCGAGAAUCCCUUCGUCGUAUCUGUAUCUGGAAUAACUAUGGAGAAGAGGACGGAGUUGGUGAUCCAUGGUGGGGUUACGUUUCCGAAUUCACUGCCCAUUGCGACACUCCCGAGUAUUUCACGCACGAUGACUGUGUCAAUGAUGCCUACAGGUACGCUGCAAUUGACGCCGACGCCAUUUCCAGAUGUAUGAGAGACAGCGGAGGUACCGAAGGAGACAGUGAUAACUCGUACCUCAAGAUGGCGGUAUCUUCACAAUCCGAGCGUGGUGUUGUUGUUUUGCCAUCUGUCUUUGUGAACAAUUUGGCCAUCCGUGGAAAGAUGAGUUCCACCUCCAUUUUUCAAGCCGUUUGCGCUGAGUUCGCCGAAGGUACUGAACCCCCGAUCUGCAAUACCUGCAGUCGCUGUCCAGAUGCCAUUGGAUGCGUGGCAUCGGGAGUCUGCUCUGGAAUCCCUUACAACUCCGCUGCUCGAGGCGGUGGUGGGGCUUCCCUUGGUAUGGUUUCCACACACACUUUUGCCUUUUGGAUGUUCUUUGUCGUUUGUUCGUUUGGCGGUGUUGGAUACUGGGCCUACAACAAGAUUCGUGAAGAUUUGGGCGAACAAGCAAGAGAAUACACGCCAGUAAAUGUCGAAGAUUCUGGAAACCCAAAGGGUUAUGCUUGGGCCCCGGAAGGCGACGUCCCACAAAUCUCUUAG